AUAACCCAUCUCGCACUUAUCCAGUAGCUGAAACUGUCUGCUCUGUUAAAAAAAAUAUGGUGUGUGUGUGUGUGUGUGUGUGUGUGUGUGUGGACGGACUCCAUGGAAACCCACAUGGACCGCACCGUCCCCUCACAUUGAAUCGGGAUACAAGGAGACAGGAAGAAGAGCAGCAGGCCAGAGAUGACGUCAGACCGGCAGAUGUAUGAGAAGCCCUCUGUGCACGGCUUGUAAUGUCUGCACAUAUAAAGUAGACGCUUCUAUUGUGUCUUGGCUUCCUGAACAACCCCAGCACAGCAACCGUCUGCCUGCAAGGAAAGGCCCAUUCUCCUCAGAGUUUAUGUUUUCUGUCUCCAAGUACAGAAUGGAGCUGUCAACAAAGAUUUAACACCCCCUCCUUUGUUGUUCGAGUCCUGUCUGUUAGAGCUUCUGGAAUAGCGCUGCUUAAGGACUCCUUGUAGCCACAGUGGCAGAAGAAGGUAGAAUUACACAAGGACCUUUCUUCUGGAAGAUGUUUGUCACAGUGCUUUUUGGAGACAGCAGGCAGGAACUGUUCAAUCUCAACUGCAAGCUGAUAAACUUUAUCUAUGACUUAAAGGAACGGUGUGGACUUGACAGGAAAGACUGUGUAGACCUGAUGGACAGGUGUGGUCAGGUGACCAGCCUGUCGGAGAAGGAGCAGAGUGCAGCCCGCGCUGCCAGUCUGCUGACAGAGAGGCACUCCUACGUCCUCUUGAGAGUGUGCCGGUGUGAGGAAAGUCAGGGUCAGAAAUAUGAGUCUCUUCUAAACAACCUGAGCAAGAGCCAUCCAGAGUUAGCAGAAUGUCAAACCCCAGCAAGGAACGUGACAAACGGGGCUCUUCACUCAGAAAGAAGGAAGCCUCUGCUGCUGCUGCUGCUGCACACUCAAAGAGCAAAAACAUAUCAGGAAACAAGAGGAACAAAUGAAACAUUGCUGUCUGUGUGUGUGUGUGUGUGUCAGAAUGGUGAAAACAUUCUGAAGCUUUGACCAAUUUAUAUUUCCAUGUCUGCAAAGACUAGCGUGUCUCAGCCAAUAAAUAAACACCAGAUAUUCAAGUGUUAUCAUCAUAAUGUUUUACCUUGUAUUUUUGCAAA